AUGAGCUCCGACGCCAGUAAGAGUAGACGAGAGCGAAACCGAGAAGCGCAACAACAGUUCCGAAAGCGAAGACAGGCUGCCGAGGCUGCUCGCAUGCAGCGACUGAAGCAUUUAGAGGGUAUCAUAGAGAAGAUGAGCACCGUGAUAGUAGGCUUCACCGACAAGAUGUUGCAAGAGGAUGUCUUGAAGCGGUAUCCCGCGUUAGCAGCCGAUGCACAAGAUGUUAUAGCACAAGUGCUUGCUCUGGCCAAUGAGGCUGGUGAUCCUGAGGAGGGUAGCACAGCUGAACUACCCGAUGGUGCAUCGCCUGAUACUAGAGAACAAGACUUGGGGUUUCUAGGGCAGCCUUUCUCGUCGAGUCCGUUGCCGAGCGAUAUGAUGCAUCUAGAUUCGGACAAUACCGUGUUCAUGACACAUUCUUCACCCGAAUAUUCGCACGUUAUGGCUACUCCUUCGGUAUCAUACACACACAUGCAUGAUCCAAUGCUAUCCCAAGCUUCGUACCUAUCAUCCUCAAUACCACAAUCGCUCGACCAGAUGUCAUGGAACACGUCUGACCACCUCUCCCCAACAUCGUUUACGUAUCAGCCCAGUCAGUCAUACUUGAAUGUGGGUUCUCUUCCCAUCUAUAAAUCGCGUAGCUUACCGUUAGCUUCGCAGAACAAUCUCGAAUAUUCGCCACAAUACUACGACGGGACGAGCGCGACCCGAUGA